AUGACCUACCGUAGGCCCGGGCUCAUCAGCUCGUUUGGGCACUCCAUCGCUCCUGACGGCGCUGCUUAUCACUAUUCGCGCCCUGGCCUGCCGCCUGAUCCUACGCUUUGCAUUCAUGAGACCAAUAACGAGAUUGAACAGGAUUCCAGCGACCUUAUUGCCCAAGCCGAAUGCUGCUAUGUGGCGAUCUGCUGCUCAGAGGAGGUCAGUGUCAGAGAUGUACUAUUUGCGGACCAGAUCAUCUCGCAGCGGCUUGCCACCAUUUACGCCGUCCCCAGCGCCACAACGUCAGGGAGGUCGCCGGUUGUCCAGACGACCUACCGCGUUGCUCGGUUCUUCCGUGCACUGAAAAUUUUUCUUCUAGAGCUCGACGAUUACUACACCUGUCUUACCAUAUUCGCCACGCCUCAGACCCCGCCUGGCAAACCUCCGUAUAUCGGUCCCCACUUCAUCAAGUUCACCAGGACGGACGGAUCACAAGUGACGCUCGAGUACACUGAACGCCUGUCGGCCAACUAUCCUGCGAAGGUCGUGUUUUUAGCGCUCGCUGACACGGGUUCUGGGACGAAGUCGACGGUGGUGGUCAAGUUCACGUACGAGUACUCGCUCGAAGGCCACAAGGCCCUCCCGAAAUGGACCCGCCACUUGCGCCGAAGCUGUGGUUCUGCGGGAGCAGGUCGAGAGCGUGAGCAACGUGUACGUUGUUGUUAUGGACUUCGUUCGCUACUGCGAUCGCGCGCUGUCGGCAACCGACCGGGAGUGUGUGCGCGAUGCAGUGCGGCUGCUCCACGCCAGGGACCUCGUAUUUGGGGACCUGCGCGAGCCGAACGUGCUACGGCGCCCGGAGGGCGGAGCGAUGCUUAUCGACUUUGA